AAUUCAACGCCAAAACCGUCAUGAACACCUCUGUAAUGAACUCCAGCCUACCACCCAACCUCCCGUCUUCUGGCUCCGGUCUCCCGCCCUGGUACCAGUAUGACGAGUGCAAAGACGAGUCCGGUGGGUUUGCGUUCUACUACCUCGUCAAAGUCGUUAACCUGGUGGUGGGCUUUCCUGCCAACAUCAUGGUGAUGUGGCAGGUGGCCAGGAAGAAGAGUGACUCCUCUACCUCUGAUAUCUUCAUCUUCAACCUGGCCAUCUCCGAUGCCUACUUCUGCCUGAUGACUAUCAUCUUUCUGGUGAACCGAAUAUUACUCAAUGACAAGAUGAUGUGGUACUUCCAGCUCUUUGCCUACGGAAUCAAGGACAGUACCCCGCUCUUCCUCACCUGCAUUUGCCUGGACCGCUACAUGGCUGUCGUCCACCCCAUCGUGUUCACCGGCAUCAGGGACAACAAGAUCAGAGUGGCCUUAUCCAUGCUAGUGUGGGGGCUAAUGCUGGCCUACGCCCUCAGCAAGUCCGUCGUGGGGGAGGACAGCACGAUCAACGCCUUCACCGGGCUGAUCCUGUCCGCCUUCAUCAUCAUGGUCUUCUGCAACAUCUCUGUCAUAUGGAAUCUGAGGAAGUCGGUCAUGGGCAAAGAGAAAAUGCACCCUAUGAAGAAGAAAGCCUUCAGAACAGUGGUCAUCACCCUGGCCAUCAUCGUCUUUAACUACCUGCCCCCAGUGGCUCUUUUUCCCUUUGCAGCAUACUACAGCUUUGUGGAAUUCAAGUGUUACAUCAGCAUGAUUUCCUACUCCAUCAUGGACCUGAGCUCCAGCAUCGAACCCCUGCUCUACAUGUCCAAGAUGGAACGGCUCACCAACCUCCCCUGCAGCUGCUGCCAAAGGUCUUCUGAAGAGUCACACAAUGUAACCACAUGAGCUGCAUCUAUUUGGUUUGUAUGUAUGCAUCUGAAUGGAGCCUUCCAAUUAUUAACAGUGAGUUCAUUAACCAAAAAAUAACAUUCGAAUGAUGGGCA